GCCCACAAAUCUCUCUUAAUUACUAAAAAAAAAAAAAAUGAAGGGAAAAAAACUCCCAAGAUUUUAAUUUGUGAAGUGAAAACUGAAAGCAUCAAUGACUUUUCAUUCGAACCUCUCCUGCCAAGUAUUUCAAGACCAAAAUUUGAAAUUCCUUCUCAAAUCCCUCUCUCCCGACACUCCCUUCUCAGCUCCAAGCCCGACGAUCUGAGUUCUGUACAAACUUUAGCUGUUUGCGAUCGCUUGGGAAGAAGAUCGCAGCGCAACAAUCCCUCGAAACCCUAGAGCUGUAGCAGACUACUGAAGAUGACCUAAGCAGAUUGCAAUGGAAUGCGUGGUUCAGGGAAUAAUAGAGACGCAGCAUGUUGAGGCCCUUGAGAUUCUUCUUCAGGGUAUUUCUGGCGUUCACAGAGAACGUUUAAGGAUCCAUGAAUUGUGCCUAAAAAGCCGUCCAAACCUUGGGGUUGUAGGUUCAGAGGUUCGACUUCUAUGUGAUCUUGAGCAACCUGAACCCACUUGGACUGUCAGACACAUUGGGGGUGCAAUGAGGGGUGCUGGUGCUGAGCAAAUUUCAGUUUUAGUGAGGACCAUGGUGGAGAGUAAAGCCAGUAAGAAUGUGCUGCGGUUGUUUUAUGCGCUUGGCUACAAGUUAGACCAUGAGUUGUUGAGAGUAGGAUUUGCCUUCCACUUCCAACGAGGUGCUCAGAUAACAGUUAACGUGUCUUCAAUUAAUAAAAUGCCCAAAUUACACGCAACUGAUGAGGCCGUGCCUAUUACACCGGGUAUACAGGUGGUUGAAGUGACGGCCCCUGCAACAUCUGAAAACUACACUGAAGUUGCUGCUGCAGUGUCUUCAUUUUGUGAAUAUCUUGCGCCGCUUCUGCACCUGUCUAAACCAGGUGUUUCAACAGGGGUUGUUCCAACUGCGGGGGCGGCUGCCGCAGCUCUCAUGUCAGAUGGUGGGGGCACAACUUUAUAGUUGGGUUCAAAUUUCAAUGCUAGUGACCUAAUUAUAAUGACAUCCACCGAAGCUGCUGUGCCUGAAAAGGUAUACACUGAAAGUUGGCAUUUGUAAUUUUGGACUUAAGAGGGCUUAAACCAAUAAUUUGUACCUUUAUAGCUUUGGACUAAGAGGGCUUGCAUCACUCUUAUAUGCCUUUUUGCCCCCCCCCCCCAAAAAAAAAAAAAAAAAAAAAACCUCAAAUAUAUGAAUGGAUUCAGCAGACUCUUAAUACUUUUUCA